AUGUAUGGUAUUGGAGAGUCAGGGUGUGAAGCUGGCAUUGGAGAGGAGUCAGGGUGUGAAGCUGAUAUUGGGGAGGAGUCAGGGUGUGAUGCAGGUAUUGGGGACUCGGGGUGUGAAGCUGGCAUUGGGGAGGAGUCAGGGUGUGAAGCUGGCAUUGGGGAGGAGUCAGGGUGUGAAGCUGGCAUUGGGGAGGAGUCAGGGUGUGAAGCUGGCAUUGGGGAGUCAGGGUGUGAAGCUGGCAUUGGGGAGGAGUCAGGGUGUGAAGCUGGCAUUGGGGAGGAGUCAGGGUGUGAAGCUGGCAUUGGGGAGGAGUCAGGGUGUGAAGCUGGCAUUGGGGAGGAGUCAGGGUGUGAAGCAGGUAUUGGGGAGUCAGGGUGUGAAGCUGGCAUUGGAGAGGAGUCAGGGUGUGAAGCUGGCAUUGGGGAGUCAGGGUGCGAAGCUGGCAUUGGGGAGGAGUCAGGGUGUGAAGCUGGCAUUGGGGAGGAGUCAGGGUGUGAAGCUGGCAUUGGGGAGGAGUCAGGGUGUGAAGCUGGCAUUGGGGAGGAGUCAGGGUGCGAAGCUGGCAUUGGGGAGGAGUCAGGGUGCGAAGCUGGCAUUGGGGAGGAGUCAGGGUGUGAAGCUGGCAUUGGGGAGGAGUCAGGGUGUGAAGCUGGCAUUGGGGAGUCAGGGUGUGAAGCUGGCAUUGGGGAGGAGUCAGGGUGUGAAGCUGGUAUUGGGGAGUCAGGGUGUGAAGCUGGUAUUGGGGAGUCAGGGUGUGAAGCUGGUAUUGGGGAGGAGUCAGGGUGUGAAGCUGGCAUUGGGGAGGAGUCAGGGUGUGAAGCAGAUAUUGGGGAGUCAGAGGGUGACGCAGGUAUUGCGGUGUCAGGGUGUGAAGCUGGUAUUAGGGAGGAGUCAGGGUGUGAAGCUGGUAUUGGGGAGUCAGGGUGUGACGCAGGUAUUGUGGUGUCAGGGUGUGAUGCUGGCAUUGGGGUAUCAGGGUGUGAAGCUGGUAUUGGGGAGUCAGGGUGUUAA